UCGCGGUUUUAAAGAAAAUGCAUCUCCUCUCAGAGGAAAUUGUGAUCUUGUGAAAACACCUACACCUGUAUUAUACAGUCGCUAUCAGACCAUAAAUGUACGUACACAAACGUAGGGAGAUAGAGAAAAGGGGACAGCGAAACGGUGGAAGGUGGUGUGGUUAGUAAAGGCCCAGCAGCCCCAUUCAUCCUGCUGCAGCUGACGUUUCAUAUUGGGGCACAUAGCAUUUAGAUCAAAUUUAAUCUCAGAAAUGCCUGGGAUGAUGGAUAAAAGCUCAGAUUAUUUGGGGAAGGGACGGUCAAAUGGGACUAAAAGUCCGUCCAGUGCCUCUAACGGACAUUUUUCUGACGAGAGCGGCAGCGACGACGAACACGAUAUUGGAAUGCGGGUUGGAACUGAUUAUCAAGCUAACAUUCCAGAAUUUGAGCCCGAUUCUGUCAAGUACACGGAAAAAGACAGUGGGGGAAUGUUGGUAUGGUCUCCAUAUCACUUCAUUAUUGAUUCUAAAUUGGACGAAUAUAUUUCUAUUGCCAAGGAGAAACAUGGCUACAAUGUGGAGCAGGCUCUUGGUAUGCUGUUCUGGCACAAACACAACAUAGAGAAGUCCUUGGCUGACCUGCCCAAUUUCACCCCUUUCCCAGACGAGUGGACCAUUGAGGACAAGGUCCUGUUUGAACAGGCAUUUAGCUUCCAUGGCAAGAGCUUCCAUCGCAUCCAGCAGAUGUUACCAGACAAAUCUAUCUCCAGUCUUGUCAAGUACUAUUAUUCCUGGAAGAAGACACGCUCCAGAACAAGCCUUAUGGAUCGUCAGGCCCGUAAACUGGCUAACAGAAGCAAUCAGGAUGACAGUGAGGAGGAGAUGGAGGGGGCAAAUCACACUGAAGCAAAUGAUAGCGACUAUGAUCCAAACAAAGAUACCAAGAAAGAGAACAUGUCCGAGCUGGCUGUUUGCUCCAAGGCAGCUUUAGGGCGACGUGAGCACCAGACCCUGCAGCACCGACAUCACCAGCGCUCCCGUUGCCGCCCCCCCAAAGGCAUGUACCUUACGCAAGAGGACGUAGUGGCUGUAUCCUGUAGUGCUUCUGCUGCUAACACACUCCUUCGUCAGCUGGACAUGGAGCUGGUGUCCCUUAAGAGACAGGUCCAAAAUGCUAAACAGAUGAACAGUGGGCUGAAACAGCUGUUGGAGUCUGGGAUUGAGGAGUAUAGAACGACUGAGAAUACCCAGAAGGUGAAUGCCCGAUGGACUACUGAUGAGCAGCUUCUAGCUGUUCAAGGAGUCAGGAAGUACGGCAAAAACUUUCAGGCCAUUGCUGAUGUCAUAGGUAACAAAACGGUGGGACAGGUGAAAAACUUCUUUGUGAACUACCGUCGUCGGUUCAACCUGGAGGAGGUACUGCUGGAGUGGGAGGCAGAGCAAGGAACUCGGCCUCAAAAUGGAGAAACCACUUCAAGUGAAGAGGGAAAGAACAGUUCAACCACCCCUUCAACGAAGAGCACUGAUGAGGAGGAUGAAGAGGGUCAGGUUACUUCUUCAGGUGCGUCUCCUGCCACUGCCUCCUCUUGUUCUUCCAUUCAAAAUCCUGUGACCUCCAAUGCUCCGUCCUCCUCUCUCCACCAGCCCCCACCACUCCUGAGGCCCUCUCUGCCAGCCACACCUUCACUACAUCGCCAGCCACCGCCGCUCCAACAACAGGCUCGCUUUCUGCAACCUCGAACCACCCUACAGCAACCCCCACCUCUUAUCCGUCCCUCCAACGCCAUGCCACCACGCCUCAACCCUCGCCCUACUCCUGUAAACCUUGGCAAUAACACUGUGGAUCCAGCCCAGAGCUCCAACCAGCAGCCGUGCGGCCUGUCAGACACAGCUUCAUCCUCUUCUCUCCAAUAACUUCAGAUGUCUUAGAGUCAACUUCUCAGUGAGUGGAGGUGUACAACAUCAAUCUUAAUAGCACUGACAUUUUAAUUGUACCAAAAUACUGUAUUACAAAAAAGUUAAAAAACAUCAUUCAGACAUUGUUGUUUUAUUUCCAAUAUUGGAAUCUGAAGUGAAAUGUCUUUUCCACUGAUCUUGAAUGCAGCCUCUGUUUGAUUAUUGUGACAUGGUUUGAUUCAAUUCAAUUAAGUUUACUCAUAUACCGGUAGUCACAACACAGCCUUCACACAAAGACAAUUCUGCUAUAAAGUGACAGAUCAUACAGUCAGAUUGGUAAAAAGUUUUCUGGCCAAUGAAAACCAGCUGAACGCCUUGAGUCAUUGACUUGCAGGACAGACUGGAUAUGCAUGUGGCAACAGUAGAUAUCUGUUUUGAUUUUGUUGCUGAUUACACUGCCAUCCCACAAACUAAGCAAGCAUGUAGUGACAGCAGAGUGGAAAAAUUCCCUCCUGCAAUACCAGGCUCCUUCUGUUCAAGGAGACAAAAGCAGACAUACAAAAGAAUAGUAGAAGCACUGAUACAGAAAUACUGAACAUGUUAAAAAAAGGUUAUGGUAAAUUAGCUCCAUAAGGGGCUCUGUCUAGGAGUUUGAGCUCGGAGGCAGUUUUAAUGUCAAAGGGAUGAAAGAGAACACAUACUUUUAGCCAGAGUUAAAGCUGAGCACAUAGCUAUGUCUAAGAUUUAAAAAAGAGCUAAACAGUGAAAAACAGGCCCAACUCUAUCUUUAAUCAAAGGUGUUGACUGCAGCAGCCAAGCUGAUAUUUACCUCCAGGACGACAUCACUGCCAAAAAGGAUCAGACGAGAUAAAGCUACUUUGACUAGAAAAACAGAUAGCAUAAAGUUACAGGUUAAACUACUAAAUACUAGUGCUAGAUACUGCAGAAUAGGGGAUAAAGAUUCAAUUAAACGAUUGAAAAGGGGUCCCUAUGUCCUCCAAUAGUCUAAGCCUAUAGCAGCAUAAUUAUGGAGAUAGCUCUGGAUAACCUGCGCCACUAUAAAUAUAAACUUCAAUCAAAAAGAAAGGUAUUAAGCUUUGCCUUAAAAGUAGAAAGGGUGUUUGCCUCAUUGAUUAAAACUGGUAGUUCAUUCCAAAGGACAGGAGCCAGAUAACUAAAACCCUUGCUACCGUUCUACUAGUAAACCCACAAUGAUUUGUUUGAAACAUAUAGAACAAUCAAAUCUCUAAUAUAAGAUGGAGCUUGGUUAUGUACAUGUACUUCUUUGAAACACUAUGUGGGAGGGAUCUGAAUUUUUUAUUUAUGAAUCAGGAAAAAGCCCAAGCAUACAUAGACCUAUGGAAACUUAUUGCAAUCUAAUAAUUACGAUCUCAUAAUUACAAGAUAAGAUCUCGUAACUACGAGAUCAGUAUCUGGUAAUUAAGAGAUCUUAUCAUAAUAAUGAGGAGAUAUCUCCUAAUUAAAAGAUCUUAUCUAUAUAUUUGGUUAUUAUUACUUAAGCCAGUAAUGUAACAUCUCUCAGAAAAGGGGUCUUCAUGAUUAAUUCUUAAAAAUAUCUGCAUCUGUUCCACUGAAAAGUUCUCUGUACCCAGGUCUGACCUGAUUUGCAUCGGAGUUGCGCUUCUGAUUUCCACUUUAUCAUUAAAGUACCCAGGUAUAACCCUUUGAAUACUACCUGUGGUACUGCAGCCAUAUGACCAUAUGCCAAAAUCCUUUAACAGCUCCAUUAAUACAGAUUCUGUAUGGUUUUAGUUUUUCGUAUGAAUCAACAUGCCACAUGAAGUUGGGACCUGGGUUUCUGUAGAGACGUCGUCUUAGACAAUAUUGAAGCCUCAGCUGUACUACUUGACGAAGGAUUUUUGACCAGGUAUCGAACAGUUCCUUUGAACACCACUAAGCCAGCUUGAAUGCAUUUCAGAUGCAUUAAUCUAUAGCCAUGAAGCAUCCCAUACUGGUUUAAAUGCUCCUGCAGGAACAGUUUGACUUCGAGCAACUCAGAGUAGAGUGUGCUUUUUCGCCUAGAAAAUCCUAGGUUAAGGUAUAUGCGCAAUAGUGACAAACUAAAGCUAAUUCCAUCCACAUCGAGGAAACUCAGUAUUUCCCAGCAAAACCUAAAAGAAAAUAAAAGCAUAUUAAAUCCGACAAUCCACAUAUUGUUCACGUUUCACGUAGCUUAGCUCAGCAAUGCCAUGACUGUCCUUCCUGAUCUCCUAAAUAUGACAUAUUAUGUCAUAUUUAUGACAUCUUGUUUCAUAAUUAUGAGAUAAGAGCUCAUAACAUUCAGGUCAGGAUCUCAUAAUUAGGAUAUCAGAAACUCGUAAUUAUGAGAUAUUAUCUCAUAAUUAUUACAUUUUAUCUUGUAAUUUUGAGAAAAGAUCUCAGAAUUACAAGAUACUGAUCCCGUAAUUAUGAGAUAAGCUGUCAGAUGUUUUUUUCUUUGGUGAAUGCAGUAUGCUUAUGUAUAGACCAGUAUUCAUUCAUCUCUAUAGCUUGAUAAGGAAAUAACAUCCUUAUGUAACAUCCACAUAAGCCAUGUAAAGAACAUAUAAAAUGACCGAUGGUAGGUGCUUUAGCCUUUCAUUCUCAAACAAAUCUGAAGUGCGUUUGCCUUAAGGUGUACACAGUGUUGCAUACAAAAUGGGCUCAAUCAUACAGUUGGAACUGGUCUUAUCACCAAUUACUGGCCAGUAAUUUCCUCCGAUGCAUUUUUCCUAUGUCUGUUUGGUGGUUUCAUAAAUAUCUAUGUUGACAAGAGCAAUCAAUCCAAAUUUCUUAUUUUAUUAGAGGAGUCAACUUCAUCCUAUUUACGUUUUCCUGUUUGCAGAAAAGCUAACAAGCUUAAAUGGAAAUCUUGAUAGAUCCUGAAGAUUAUGAUGAAGUGACGUGUCGUGAAAAUGGUCAAACAAGUAGUAACAUUGUUUAAGAUUAAAGUUAAAUAAUUUUAGACUAGGUAUUUAUCAGAUAAAACCUCUGAAUGAAGGAAUAUAUACUUCCUUCAUACCAGACCUUCCCUUAACCUUGAGUUUUUUGUACAUACUGUUGUAUUGUUAUAACCAUUGGACACUGAUAUAAGAUUUUGGCAGAAGUAUAAAAUGUUUUUUGUGUAUGUGAUUUUUUGUCUGUUAAUUAUUUAUAAUUUCUUUCUCUAUUAAGGAUCCUACUGAACAGUGGGUUAAUCCCACUCUUAACUGUGUAUUACAUACUUGCUCAUAUGAUUCGCAAAUGAAAUAAACAUAAAUCCCCCUGAUGGAAUUUAUUUAGAACAAUAUCUCCAACAUUUUGAUUAAUUUCUUUUAUAAGUAGCAUAAUAAACAUGUCUUAUCUUUGUUUUGUAAUUUGCUGACAAAGGAUAGAAGAAGGUGGCUUGUGGUUAAAAAGUUAAGCUAACUACGCAGCCUUCUAAAAUAGUUACAAGUACCUUUUUCAAACUCCUCAAACUGUCACUAUUGGUCCUUAAGGAGGAUCCUAAACCCCACAUUGUUCUCUGGCCACUGCAAGCUGCCCAUUGCUCCCUAAGGGAUGAGUUAAAUGUAGCAGAAUAACAUUUCUUUUAUGUAUAUUUCCACCCUGUAGAGGAUUGAUUAUUGAACAUUAACUUUUAGCAAGAUAGAAUCAGUAGGAUUCUAUCAGUCCAAAUAGACCUUUGCUACAGUCUGCUAAAUCCAUCAGUUACUGUACCAAUCUUGAAAAUGCUUAAGGUUAACUGAAAUCCUGUGGAUCUGUUUUUUUUUUUUUAUAAAAAAAAAAGUAAAGUCAAACAUUUUUUUUAUGUAAGCAAAAUGUUAUUGUUGCUCUCUUUUAUUUUUUUUUUUAUCAUCCUCUCUUUUGUAUGUAUAUACAAAGAAACUGGGAACCAAUUUCUGUUUUGGACUUCAUGUAAUGUUAUUAUGGAAAAAAUGCUUGUAAUUAAUUUUGUUUUUACACGUGUCACAUAUCACGUCUAUAUUUACUGGAAUCAUAUAGAAGGUAAUUUUUUUCAUUAUAAGUUUGACCUUUGCUGUAAAGCCACAAAAUUUCCUCUUUCUGGAGUUGGAAUUAAUAGUUAUCAAUAAAUAUUUUGUAUAAAGUUGUUUAAUUCUUCAUAAGAUAGGUUUGCUUAUUAUGUUGAGGAUCUUUCAGGUUGAACGGAGGCCACUUUGGCCUUCUUACCUUAAAGAGGAAUGCCGUUUUUUUUUACAUUGGGCCCUUGAUUUUACAUUAUUACAUCAUGUUCUACUCACCCAUAUUAGUUUUGUGCCAUUUGGA